AUGACUAGGCAGAAAGUGAAGCUUGCUUUCAUAACCAACGACUCAGCAAGGAAAGCAACAUACAAGAAAAGGAAGAAAGGUUUGAUGAAGAAGGUGAAUGAGUUGAGUACCUUAUGUGGCAUCGAUGCAUGUGCUAUCAUAUAUAGCCCAUAUGAACCUCAACCCGAGAUAUGGCCCAACAACAUCGGUGUCCAACAUGUGAUUGCUCGAUUUAAGAGGAUACCAGAGAUGGAGAGAAGCAAGAACAUGCUGAAUCAGGAGAGCUUCAUCAGGAAACAGGUGACAAAAACCAAUGAGCAGCUGAAGAAGCAGAUGAAGGAGAAUCGGGAGAAGGAGAUGACUGAAGUCAUGUAUCAAUGUUUGACUGGAAAAGGCUCAAUAGAAAACUUGACCCUUCCAGAUUUGAAAGAUUUGGGGGAAUUGGUGGACCAAACCCUGAAAGACAUUUCAAGAAGGAUCGAGUCUCUCAAAAUAGCCAAUCCCAAUGAAGCUGCAGCUGCUGCACCACCUCUACAACAGGCGGUUGUUGGUGGUAGCAGUUCAAGUAUGGUGGUGGAUAAUGUGAGUGGUAGGGAUGAGAUGCAAAGGGGAACUCAAACUACUCAAUGGUUCACAGAUUGGAUGAACAAUCCGUCUGAACAAAAUUUGGGUCUUGGUCCCAAUCGCAUAUGGCCACAUCCAUUUUUCCCUGAUUGUUAA